UUUUUUGGGGAAAUUAUUUUAAGAAUCUUUUAAGGUUUCCUUAAGUAUGCACUGUAUGAAGGAUUUUUAAAAAAUAGACAUGAAAGGAAUGAUAUCACUCAAAAUUUUUUUUGUUAAGGUUGUUUGCUAGAUCUGAUACUACCUACCUAAAAAUGCAUAGGGUAAGUAAUGCUAAACAUAUAGAGUGACAUGUGCACUCAAGAAAUGCAUGAGCCUUUGGCCAAUACAUCCAUGUGUACUCAAGAAAUACAUGAGUAUAUGGCCAAUACAUCCAUGUGUACUCAAGAAAUGCAUGAGUUUAUGGCCAAUGCAUCCAUGUGUACUCAAGAAAUGCAUGAGUAUAUGGCCAAUACAUCCAUGUGUACUCAAGAAAUGCAUGAGUAUAUGGCCGAUACAUCCAUGUGUACUCAAGAAAUGCAUGAGUAUAUGGCCAAUACAUCCAUGUGUACUCAAGAAAUGCAUGGGUUUAUGGCCAAUGCAUCCAUGUGUACUCAAGAAAUGCAUGAGUAUAUGGCCAAUACAUCCAUGUCUACUCAAGAAAUGCAUGAGUAUAUGGCCAAUACAUCCAUGUGUACUCAAGAAAUGCAUGAGUAUAUGGCCAAUACAUCGAUGUGUACUCAAGAAAUGCAUGAGUCUAUGGCCAAUGCAUCCAUGUGUACUCAAGAAAUGCGUGAGUCUAUGGCCAAUACAUCGAUGUAUGUUCCAAAGUGUCAUUAAUUAUGUUUAGGGGAAGGUUCAAUGGUUCAGUUUAUUCAAAUGAAACAUUUUGGUUGAAAAAACCAAUACAGUAGAUGUUCUUUUUAAUAUCAGGAGGGAGGGGGGUCUGUCUGAUAUGUAAUUAUUAUUUUAAUUAGGAGAACAUUGAAAAUUGUAUGUAAGGUAGCUUAAUGCCUUUGGCACUCAAAGCUUAGGUAAUUCAAAGUUAAAUAUAUGUUUAACAUCCCUUCUCCUAAUAUUCAACCUAUAAUAAGGACGUUAAACAUUUAAUUAACUUUCCAUGGCUAUAUAAUGCAAAAAAAAUGAAAUUGUAAAUCAAUUAAAUAGAGUCAAUUAUUGUGUUUGUUAUCUAGGUGAGAUAUAGAUUCCCCUAGUUGUUAUACAAUUAUAUGUAAAUUGUAAAUGCACU